UUAAUUUUAAUAAAAAUUGUAAUAUGAUUGAAAAUGAGUUACAAAUUACGAUUGAUGGAUUACCAAAAAUGUUCUCUAUUUACGAGCUUAUAAGCCUAUUGAAUCGACAUACCAACUCGUGGGAGUUAGAAAAUCUAAUACCAUUGGGAGGCCACAUAAUAGCAAAUAUUCGUUGUGAAACCAACGAGUCAUAUGAAUGUUUACUUCAGCUACCCGAGAAUGUAAACUGUUCACUUUCUAAUAUAGGUGUCAAUAAUGCAUAGCUAAAUAGCGAUUACGUCGAACAAAAUAAUCCCUACAGUGCACCCAGUGAUAGCAUUUUAAAAUUGAACUCGAAUUGCUUGCGCCUCAUCUUUGUAAAAUGCUGUUUGCGGGAACAAAUUUCUUUGGCCAAGGUGUGUCGUAAUUUUCAUAAGAUCGUAAUGGACAUUUUCAGUAAGCGAUGUCAUGAAUUAUUUUUUUUUGACGCCUUCUUUACGAAAGGUUUGGGACUAAGCGUUGA